AUACCACAAAUUCUGCCACUCAGGAAGCCCUAGAAAGGCUUCCUUUUCUGGUAUGCCCUGAUGCAUUCAACACAUGUCGGUAUUGUACGCGACCGGCAAUCAGAGCAAUUCAGGAUCACUUUCUCCGUCUGCAAGAAAGAGCAAAUCAUCCGUUGGUGAAUGCUUCUCCGCUGGUCAGCCGUCUGCUGCUAAUUUCUGCCUGCCUCAUCAACCCCAUUUAAGAGGCUGGAAGCUCGGUGGAUGACCAAGCUAGAAAGCCUUGGCAAAAUCUUAUCUCGGGAGGCAAGACUAGUUAAGAAUGAGAGAGAAAAGCUGUUUUUCUUUUCUUUAAAGGAAUCAGACUGAUGUGAGAACACCCAGUUUCUCACUGAGCAAAGCAGAGCAAGGCUAUGAGCAAUUCAAGGCUGAAGAGCAGAGACUCCCUUUAAACAGCACUAAUCCUGCUACUUGUCUGACAAACGUCAGCCCAUGGACUUUGGUUUCAGUGCUGUGAAUAUUUGCAGUGGCUUUGCAUGUUGGAAUACUAGCAGUGAUCUCCUUUUUCCCCCUUCCCCUGUACAUCUACCUGCUGAAAAAUGAGUGAGGAAGCGAAAGAGAAAAAUGCUAAACCGGCUCACAGGAAAAAGAAAGGAAAGAAGUCUGACACAAAUGCAAGUUAUCUGAGAGCUGCUCGAGCUGGCAACUUGGAAAAAGCUUUGGACUACUUAAAAAAUGGAGUGGAUAUCAACAUUUCAAAUCAGAAUGGGUUGAAUGCUCUCCAUCUCGCUUCCAAAGAAGGACAUGUAGAAGUUGUCUCCGAACUGAUACAACGAGGUGCCAGUGUGGAUGCAGCAACAAAGAAAGGAAACACAGCAUUGCACAUAGCAUCCCUUGCUGGACAAGCAGAAGUAGUCAAAGUGUUGGUUACAAAUCGGGCCAAUGUCAACGCACAGUCUCAGAAUGGUUUCACUCCGCUAUAUAUGGCAGCCCAAGAAAACCACCUGGAGGUUGUUAAGUUUCUUCUUGACAACGGUGCCAGUCAAAGCCUUGCCACAGAGGAUGGUUUCACGCCUUUGGCAGUAGCUUUGCAGCAAGGUCAUGAUCAGGUGGUUUCACUGUUGCUUGAAAAUGAUACAAAGGGAAAAGUCCGUCUUCCAGCCCUUCACAUCGCUGCUCGCAAGGAUGACACGAAGGCAGCGGCUCUGCUCCUGCAGAAUGACCACAAUGCUGACGUGGAGUCAAAGAGUGGGUUCACUCCGCUCCACAUAGCGUCUCACUAUGGGAAUAUCAAUGUAGCUACAUUGCUGUUAAAUCGGGGUGCUGCUGUGGACUUCACUGCAAGGAAUGAUAUCACGCCAUUACAUGUUGCAUCCAAGAGGGGAAAUGCAAAUAUGGUCAAACUCCUACUUGAUCGAGGAGCUAAAAUUGAUGCCAAAACAAGGGAUGGGUUGACACCGCUCCACUGUGGAGCAAGAAGUGGCCAUGAACAGGUUGUAGAAAUGCUGCUGGAUCGUGGUGCCCCUAUUCUUUCCAAAACCAAGAAUGGUUUGUCUCCGUUGCACAUGGCAACACAAGGAGAUCAUCUAAACUGUGUUCAGCUUCUGAUUCAGCACAACGUGCCUGUAGAUGAUGUCACUAAUGACUAUCUGACUGCGCUGCAUGUUGCUGCCCACUGUGGCCACUACAAAGUUGCCAAGGUUCUCUUGGACAAGAAAGCUAAUCCUAAUGCCAAAGCACUGAAUGGUUUCACACCACUUCACAUCGCCUGCAAGAAGAACAGAAUAAAAGUAAUGGAACUUCUUCUGAAACACGGUGCAUCAAUUCAGGCUGUGACUGAGUCUGGCCUGACUCCAAUCCACGUUGCUGCCUUCAUGGGACAUGUAAAUAUUGUAUCACAGCUAAUGCAUCAUGGAGCAUCACCCAACACUACCAAUGUGAGAGGAGAAACAGCUCUGCACAUGGCUGCCAGAGCUGGCCAAACAGAGGUCGUUCGAUACCUGGUACAAAAUGGAGCCCAGGUGGAGGCUAAAGCUAAGGAUGACCAAACACCACUGCACAUUUCUGCUCGACUGGGAAAAGCAGAUAUAGUACAGCAGCUGCUGCAGCAAGGUGCAUCUCCAAAUGCAGCUACAACAUCUGGCUAUACACCCCUGCAUCUUUCUGCUCGAGAAGGACAUGAAGAUGUAGCUUCUGUUCUUUUGGAUCAUGGUGCAUCUUUAUCUAUCAUUACCAAGAAAGGAUUUACUCCUCUACAUGUGGCUGCAAAAUAUGGGAAAAUUGAGGUAGCCAAUCUUCUGCUUCAAAAGAAUGCAUCACCUGAUGCUUCUGGAAAGAGCGGUUUAACACCACUGCAUGUAGCUGCACACUACGAUAAUCAAAAAGUGGCACUCCUACUGUUGGACCAGGGAGCUUCACCUCAUGCAUCUGCCAAGAAUGGCUAUACUCCACUGCACAUAGCUGCCAAGAAAAACCAGAUGGACAUUGCAACUACACUGCUGGAAUAUGGUGCUGAUGCCAAUGCUGUAACCAGGCAGGGUAUUGCCCCCGUACAUCUUGCCUCUCAGGAUGGCCACGUGGACAUGGUGUCAUUGCUUCUUACCAGAAAUGCUAAUGUGAAUCUCAGCAACAAGAGCGGACUGACGCCACUCCACCUGGCUGCUCAAGAGGACAGGGUCAAUGUAGCAGAGGUUCUAGUUAACCAAGGAGCUGCUGUAGAUGCACAGACAAAGAUGGGAUACACUCCUUUGCAUGUUGGCUGCCACUACGGAAACAUAAAAGUCGUUAACUUCCUUCUGCAGCAUUCUGCAAAAGUUAAUGCCAAAACGAAGAACGGCUACACGCCGCUGCACCAGGCUGCGCAGCAGGGGCACACCCACAUCAUCAACGUCCUUCUCCAUCACGGCGCGGCACCCAACGAGCUCACCGUGAAUGGAAACACUGCCCUCGCCAUUGCUAAGCGACUUGGCUACAUUUCAGUUGUUGACACAUUGAAGGUGGUGACAGAGGAGACUAUGACUACAAUUACUGUUACGGAAAAGCACAAAAUGAAUGUACCUGAAACCAUGAAUGAAGUUCUUGAUAUGUCUGAUGAUGAAGUUCGUAAAGCCAAUGCCCCUGAAAUACUCAGUGAUGCUGAAUAUUUGUCAGAUGUUGAAGAAGGUGAGGAUGCGAUGACAGGCGAUACUGACAAAUACCUCGGACCUCAGGAUCUGAAAGAGCUGGGAGAUGAUUCUUUGCCUGCUGAAGGAUACAUGGGCUUUAGCCUGGGAGCCCGCUCCGCCAGCCUCCGCUCCUUCAGUUCGGAUAGGUCCUAUACGCUGAACAGAAGUUCUUAUGCCCGUGACAGCAUGAUGAUUGAAGAGCUGCUGGUACCAACAAAGGAUCAGCACCUGACGUUUCAAAGGGAGUUUGAUUCCGAUUCUCUCAGACACUAUAGCUGGGCUGCAGACACCUUGGACAAUGUUAACCUUGUUUCGAGUCCCAUCCAUUCCGGUUUCCUGGUUAGUUUUAUGGUUGAUGCACGUGGAGGUUCGAUGAGAGGUAGUCGUCAUCAUGGCAUGAGAAUAAUCAUCCCACCACGCAAGUGUACGGCACCAACCCGCAUCACCUGCCGCUUGGUAAAGAGGCAUAAACUGGCCAGCCCACCACCCAUGGUUGAAGGAGAAGGAUUAGCGAGUAGACUUGUAGAAAUGGGGCCAGCAGGGGCACAAUUUUUAGGCCCUGUCAUAGUGGAAAUCCCUCAUUUUGGAUCAAUGCGAGGAAAGGAAAGGGAACUGAUUGUACUUCGAAGUGAGAAUGGUGAAACGUGGAAGGAGCACCAGUACGACAGCAGGCAUGAAGACUUAACUGAGAUACUCAAUGGCAUGGAUGAAGAGCUGGACAGUGCUGAGGAGCUAGAGAAGAAGCGCAUCUGCAGGAUUGUCACAAAGGAUUUCCCUCAGUACUUUGCAGUGGUUUCACGAAUCAAACAGGAGAGUAACCAAAUUGGCCCAGAGGGUGGUGUGCUGAGCAGCACCACAGUGCCACGUGUCCAGGCCUCCUUCCCUGAGGGUGCUCUAACCAAGAGAAUUCGUGUUGGACUCCAGGCUCAACCCGUUCCAGAGGAGAUUGUCAAAAAAAUCCUUGGAAACAAAGCAACUUUCAGCCCCAUUGUCACUGUGGAGCCUAGAAGAAGAAAAUUUCAUAAGCCAAUAACCAUGACAAUUCCUGUGCCGCCUCCGUCGGGAGAAGGUGUAACCAAUGGGUACAAGGGGGACACGACGCCCAGCCUUCGACUUUUAUGUAGCAUUACAGGAGGUACUUCACCUGCGCAGUGGGAGGAUAUCACAGGCACCACUCCGCUGACGUUUUCAAAUGACUGUGUCUCAUUCACAACCAAUGUUUCAGCCAGAUUUUGGCUCGCAGACUGCCAUCAAGUACUAGAGACUGUUGGACUGGCAACACAGCUUUAUAGAGAAUUAAUAUGUGUUCCUUAUAUGGCAAAGUUUGUGAUAUUUGCCAAAAUGAAUGACCCUGUGGAAUCCAAUUUGCGUUGCUUCUGCAUGACUGAUGACAAAGUGGACAAAACUUUGGAGCAACAAGAGAACUUUGAAGAGGUUGCAAGAAGCAAAGACAUUGAGGUUCUGGAAGGGAAACCUAUUUAUGUUGAUUGCUAUGGAAAUCUGGCUCCUUUGACUAAAGGAGGACAGCAACUCGUUUUUAAUUUUUAUGCUUUCAAAGAAAAUAGACUGCCAUUCUCUAUCAAGGUAAGAGACACCAGCCAGGAACCUUGUGGUCGACUAUCGUUUUUGAAAGAACCAAAGACUACAAAAGGACUGCCACAAGCAGCUGUUUGCAACUUGAAUAUCACUCUGCCUGCACACAAGAAGGAAACAGAGUCAGAUCAAGAUGAUGAGACGGAGAAAGCUGACCGGCGCCAGAACUUUGUCUCCCUUGCUUUACGUAAGCGCUACAGCUAUCUGACUGAGCCUGGAAUGAAAACAGUUGAACGGAGUGCAGGAGCAACAAGAUCCCUACCUACUACUUACUCAUACAAGCCAUUCUUUUCAACACGGCCAUAUCAGUCAUGGACAACAGCUCCAAUUACAGUGCCUGGGCAAACCAAAUCAGGCUUCACUUCCUUAUCAAGUUCUUCCUCUAACACUCCUACAGCUUCCCCAUUAAAAUCAAUAUGGUCUGUUUCUUCUACUUCUCCAAUCAAAUCCACAUUAGGAGCUUCUACCACAUCUUCAGUUAAAUCUGUUAGUGAUGUAGCAUCUCCGAUUAGAUCGUUUCGGACAAUCUCUUCACCAAUAAAAACUGUGGUAUCGCAGCCUCCUUACAAUAUACAGGUUACUACAGGCUCUUUCGUCAGAGCUCCUGCAGUCACAGAAGCUGCUAGUCUGAAAGGGCUGGCAUCCACUACUACAUUCCCCUCUCGGACAUCUCCAGUGACUACAGCAGGAUCUCUCUUGGAGAGAUCAUCCAUAACCAUGACGCCUCCAGCAUCCCCCAAAUCCAACAUUAACAUGUACUCUUCAAGUUUGCCUCUUAAAUCGGUCAUCACAUCAGCAUCUUCACUUUUAUCGUCCCCUCUGAAAUCAGUGGUGUCACCUGCUAAGUCAGCAGUUGAUGCUGUUUCAUCCUCUAAAGUCAUGAUGGCCUCGUCUCUCUCGUCGCCAGCAAAACAUGUAGCUGGGCACACAGAGGUACCAUUGCUUAAUGGAUCUGUGUCACCUCUGAAAUACCCAUCUUCUGCCAACUUAAUAAACGGAUCCAAAGCUGCAGCUGUUUUUCAAGACAAGAUGGCUGCAGCUGCACAUACUGCAAGUUGCACUGCCAGUGCAGUUGCUGACACGGCUGAGAGAGUGCUUUCAACAGCUACAACAAUGUCAUUUUCUCCACUCAGGUCAUUUGUGUCCUCAGCACCAUCAGCUUUCCAGUCAAUGAGAACUCCUCCUGCAGGUGCUUUGUACACAGCCCUUGGGUCAAUAUCUGCAACUACCUCAUCAGUAACUUCAUCAACAAUAACAGUGCCAGUAUAUUCUGUAGUCAAUGUUUUGUCUGAACCAGCAUUAAAGAAGCUCCCAGAGUCGUCUUCACUUACAAAAUCAGCUGCUGCGCUGCUGUCACCUAUUAAAACAUUGACUACAGAGGCACGCACACAGCCUACCUUUAGUCGAACUUCAUCACCAGUAAAAUCAUCCUUAUUUUUAGCACCUUCUGCUCUCAAAUUGUCCACACCAUCUUCUUUAUCCUCCAGUCAGGAGAUACUGAAAGAUGUCGCUGAAAUGAAGGAGGAUCUAAUAAGAAUGACUGCAAUAUUGCAGACAGAUGUCACAGAGGACAAACCGUUCCAGCCUGAGAUACCAAAAGAGGGUAGAAUUGAUGAUGAAGAGCCCUUUAAAAUUGUUGAGAAAGUAAAAGAGGACUUAGUAAAAGUUAGCGAGAUUCUCAAAAAAGAUGUGUGUUUAGAAAGUAAAGGGUCUGCUAAAGCACCCAAAAGUGAUCAAGGACACCUGUCUGAGGAUGACUGGGUAGAGUUCAGUACAGAGGAGAUUGAUGAAGCGAGACAGCAAGCUUUGACAAGCCCUCCUAUAUCUGUUCCCGAGAAGGUCCAAAUUAAAACUAAAACCGUGUCGGAAAAGGAUUAUAGCUUGUCAAAAGUUAUUGAUUACUUAGCAAACGAUAUUGGUAGCAGCUCAUUAACAAACAUAAAGUACAAGUUUGAAGAGGGGAAAAAAGAAGGUGAAGAGAGACAAAAACGCAUUUUAAAACCAGCUAUUGCAUUGCAGGAACAUAAACUUAAAAUGCCUCCAGCCUCCAUGAGGCCUUCAACAUCAGAAAAGGAGUUAUGUAAAAUUGCAGAUUCCUUUUUUGGAACAGACACUAUUUUAGAGUCUCCAGAUGACUUUUCUCAACAUGAUCAAGAUAAAAGUCCCUUGUCUGACAGUGGCUUUGAAACAAGGAGUGAAAAGACACCUUCUGCCCCACAAAGUGCUGAGAGCACAGGGCCAAAACCACUUUUCCAUGAUGUACCCAUCCCUCCCGUCAUUACGGAAACAAGAACUGAGGUCGUUCAUGUUAUCCGCAGCUACGAACCAUCAUCUGAAGAAAUUCCAGAGCAGAAAGCAGAGGAGCUACCAGCCUCAAAACCUACUCCUGCAUUUAUGGAGCUGGAGCAAAAGCCUGCUGGAUCUAUAAAAGAGAAGGUUAAAGCAUUUCAAAUGAAAGCCAGCAGCAGCGAAGAAGAUGACCAUAAGUGUGUCCUUAGUAAAGGUGUCCGAGUAAAAGAAGAAACUCAUAUCACUACGACAACUAGGAUGGUUUACCAUAAACCUCCGUGCACUGAAAGCACAUCUGAAAGAAUUGAGGAAACAAUGUCUGUUCAUGACAUAAUGAAAGCCUUUCAAUCUGGACGUGACCCUUCCAAAGAACUGGCAGGUCUAUUUGAACAUAAGUCAUCAGUAACAUCCGAUGUUAGCAAGUCUGCUGAAACUUCACCACAACAUGCAGAGAAGGACAGCAAAGUGAAACCCAAACUGGAGCGAAUAAUAGAGGUCCAUAUUGAAAAAGGUAAUCAGGCUGAACCUACUGAAGUCAUUAUUAGAGAAACAAAAAAGCAUCCAGAAAAAGAAAUGUAUGUGUAUCAGAAAGACUUACCUCGGGGAGAUAUUAACUUAAAAGAGUUGGAAAAACAUGAUGCUUUUCCUUGUUCAGAUGAACAAGGUCAGCAAGAAGAAGAGGAGCUCACAGCCGAAGAGUCACUUCCUUCUUAUCUGGAAUCCUCUAGAGUUAACACUCCUGUGUCCCAGGAAGAGGACAGUCGCCCUAGUUCUGCUCAACUCAUGUCUGAUGACUCUUACAAAACACUGAAGCUUUUGAGUCAGCACUCAAUAGAAUACCAUGAUGAUGAGUUGUCAGAACUAAGAGGGGAGUCUUACAGGUUUGCUGAGAAAAUGCUUCUUUCAGAAAAGCUAGAUGUGUCUCAUUCUGAUACUGAGGAGUCAGUUACUGACCAUGCUCUACCCCUUAGUGCAGAGUUACAGGGGUCUGAUAAACGAUGCAGAGAAAAAGUAGUUACUGCCCCCAAAAAAGAGAUCCUCUCCAAAAUCUAUAAAGAUGUAUCUGAAAAUGGUAUAGGUAAAAUGUCUAAAGACGAUCAUUAUGAUAAAGUGACAGUGUUACACUACACUGGAGAUAUUAGUAGUCCAAAACAUGCCAUGUGGAUGCGCUUUACUGAGGACAGAUUAGACAGAGGUAGAGAAAAGUUGAUAUAUGAAGACAGGGUGGACAGGACUGUUAAAGAGGCAGAAGAAAAACUGACUGAAGUAUCACAGUUUUUUCGGGAUAAAACAGAGAAGUUGAACGAUGAGCUACAGUCUCCAGAGAAGAAGCAGCAUAAAAAGAAUGGCAAAGAAAUACAUUCUAGCCAGAGCUCUGCCAGCAGCAGCCCCGAGAAAGUUCUGCUCGCUGAAUUGCCGUCAUCCGGUGAUGAAUGGAGUAAGGUGAAGCAGUAUGCGCAUGAUGGAAAAUGCUUUCCCAAGGUGGAUGAACGAAGAGCAUCCAGCUUGCCCAGCAGUCCUGAAAAAAGGAUAUUUGUGCAGCAUGCAGAGGACUCUAAACAAACUAUGGAACACAAAGGAAGUGCUCAGCAGACUGGAGCACCUGAGGUUUCACAGACUGGAUUUCAGCUGAAGCAAUCAAAACUCAGUUCCAUUAGGCUUAAAUUUGAACAAAGUAUAAGUCCGAGGAGUAAGGAUGCAACUCAAGAAGAAAAAAAACUGGAUGGUCACUCCAAAAUUCCAGUUAAGAAACUGCAAGAAAGUAAGUUACCAGUGUAUCAGUUUUAUUCCAGAGAGAAACACGCAAAGCAAGUCGAAGUCAUUGAUGGGAGCACAGCUUUACAGAAAGAGGUGAAAACACAGGAAGAAUUUGUUCCAGGUAAAGCAAAAGCUAUUGAAGACUCCCAUGCUUCAGACACUCAAAAACAAAGAACUGAGCUGAGUAAAGGCGUGCCAGAAUACUUUUCAGAACCACAGACAAAAGAACUGGCAUGUGGCUCAGACUCAACAAUGAAGGGACACUGGGACAAAAGGAUCUUUAGGACAUGGGAAAGUCCUGGAACUUCUAAUCAUAAAACACAAAAAGAAAGACUUGCACAUGUGCUGGUUCCAGAUACAGUAAAAGAAAACCAUGUUGAUCACGCUGAAGCUAAAACUGACCAAAAAAGUGAAUUUAUCACUGUGACGGAGCACAAACUGGCAGCAAAUGGAAUCCAUUCAGAAGAAGUGAAGGAACUGACUGUAAAAUCUCCCUCAAAAAGGGUUUUAUACCGAGAAUUUGUUGUAAGAGAGGGGGAACGUAAUGGUGAAGUGGCCGAUAAAAUACCCAAAAGGAAAGAAGACAUUGCUGUGUCCCAUAUUCCAGUCAGAGUUGUUGAGGAGAAGAGAACCAUGCUUGAUGGUGUUUAUGAACGUUCAGCCAAAGUAUCCCAGUCAGCUGUGAUUAAGGGGAAAGUUGAGAGACAGAUGGAUUAUGUGGAAGAUGAGAAAGUAAAGCAUUCAGAAACCAGGAAAGUUACCAAGCAGCAGAGCUCAACAGGACUAAGUCCUCCUGUUGAGGAAACUGAGCUAUCCCCUAGCAAAUCACCAGAUUCUUUAGAAUGCAGUCCUGGAAAGGAAUUUCCUUCAAGUGAGUUAGCUGACCCUGGUGCCAGUGAUUACUUGGAUAAAGUUGCACCUCUAGUAAGCACUGAGGGAGUAAAAGAGAUUAAGACCUUACCUGUUUACGUCAGUUUUGUACAAGUAGGAAAGCAAUAUGAGAAAGAGGUGCAACAAGGAAGUAUAAAAAAAAUUGUCAGUCAGGAGAGUAAGACAGUACAAGAGACAAGGGGAGCAUUUUACACAGCUAGACAGCAAAAACAACCUCCUUCUCCACAAGGCAGUCCAGAAGAUGACACACUAGAACAAGUGUCCUUUAUAGAUAGCUCUGGUAAAAGCCCUUUAACACCAGAAACACCAAGUUCAGAGGAAGUGAGUUAUGAGUUUACCUCUAAAACACCCGACUCACUAAUAGCUUAUAUCCCAGGCAAGCCCAGCCCUAUACCUGAGGUAUCUGAGGAGUCAGAGGAGGAAGCAGAGGCUAAGUCAACGUCUGUAAAACAGGCAGAAGUUGUGGAACCACAGAUUGACAAAGCAUUACCUAAUCACAUAAAUAAGGACUCUAACAAAAGACCCAAAGGUAACAGAGUUGCCUACAUCGAAUUCCCUCCUCCUCCACCACUGGAUGCAGAUCAAGGCGAGUCCGAAAAGAAGCCUCAUUAUUCCACUGAGAGUGAGAUGGAAAUGACAGAAGUCAACUUGCAAGAUGAACACGACAAAUGCCAGCUGGCUGAACCUGUCAUAAGAGUACAGCCACCAUCUCCUGUGCCGCCGGGAGCAGAUGUCAGUGACUCCAGUGAUGAUGAAUCUCUCUAUCAACCUGUUCCACUUAAAAAGUAUACAUUCAAACUGAAAGAACUGGAAGAUGACAAGAAAGAAACCUCAAAACCCAGAGCUCCUGAAAAGAUUGAGAAACAGAAAGAGUUAGGACAUCCCGCUUCUGGGAAACCUCAUGAGUUUGACACUGGGCUUGAUUCACCCCAGAAUGAUGUAGUGCAAAAUGGGAGUAACAAUGACCAGUCUGUCACAGAGUGUUCCAUAGCAACCACUGCAGAAUUCUCCCAUGAUACCGAUGCAACAGAGAUUGACUCUCUAGACGGUUAUGAUUUGCAAGAUGAAGAUGAUGGUUUAACUGAGAGUGAUUCUAAACUUGCAGGUCCAGCAGUUGAAACCAAAAAGGACGUAUGGACUACAGAAGGCAUUCUAAAGCAGACCGAUCGCUGCUUUAGCCAGAGUAAGCUUGAAGUCAUUGAAGAGGAAGGCAAGGUAGGCCCCGAAGAAGACAAGGCACCUUCAAAGGGUCCAGCUUCUGAAAAAGCCGGAGAUAAGAGUGACCAGAAGUCAGGGGCACAGUUUUUCACUUUGGAAGGCAGACACCCUGACAGGACUGUAUUUCCUGACACAUAUUUCAGUUAUAAAGUAGACGAAGAAUUUGCAACACCUUUCAAAACAGUGGCCACCAAGAGUCUAGAUUUUGAUCCGUGGUCCAAUAACCGAGGUGACGAUGAAGUGUUUGAGACUAAAUCAAGGGAUGAUGAGGCUAAGCCAUUUGGUCUGGCAGUGGAAGACAGAUCUCAAGCAACAACACCCGAUACAACGCCAGCCAGAACUCCAACAGAUGAAAGUACACCAACUAGCGAGCCCAACCCCUUCCCAUUUCAUGAAGGGAAGAUGUUUGAGAUGACUCGCAGUGGUGCAAUUGACAUGAGCAAGAGGGAUUUUGUUGAAGAAAGACUCCAAUUUUUUCAGAUUGGUGAGCAUACUUCUGAAGGGAAGUCAGGGGACAAGGGGGAAGGGGAUAAAAGUACAGUCACUGUCACCACACAGCCACAGGCAGGGGACAGCACUGUAGAAACAAACCUAGAGAGACCAGUAGAAACAACAGCAGUUGAACAUAAGCCCAUCAUCCAGGCCAGUGGAGAUUGCAUGGAACAAACCCUUGGUAGUAACUCACUGGAAAAGUCAUCGGCAGCGGUAAAUGCUUCUAAAGUUGACCCCAAAUUGCGCACACCAAUUAAAAUGGGAAUUUCUGCUUCCACCAUGACUCUGAAGAAAGAUGGCCCUGGCGAAAUGACAGAUAAGAUAGAAGCUGUGAUGCCAAGUGGUCAGGGAUUAGAAAAUGAAGCUGUAGCAGUGAUGGCGAGUUCAGCUUCUAGCCAGACAAGCUGUAGGCAAACAGAAAACACUGAUUUUCCAAAAGAUAAUUAUAAUAACAACAACAAUUUGGAUUCAUCCGCUGUCCCUCCAGAUGAUAGUACCUGUAAUGUAGUGCUAAAAGAACAUUCGGAACCCAAAUGUUCCCUCCAGAAUGGUAAUCAAGAGAAAAGCACUUCAGGAAAAGGUACAGGGACAACACAAGGACACAGAGUAAGAGAUAAGCAAAAACCACACGGAGAGCAGCAAAAGUCAACAGAAAUGGUAGGGGCUAGAGGAAAAUCCAAGCUUCCUGUAAAGGCCAGCUCAGUAAAAGAAGCCUUUUCACAGAAUAUUCUCCAAAGCAAUACAGGGAGUAAAGCGAGAGCGGCUAAAAAGCCUGACAAAGCCAAACAAAACAAUUCUCCCUGUCUAGAAGCAAGGUCUAGGAUUCCUGUAAAAAAUACACAUAAGAGUAAUCUAGCUAGAAGAACUCCAGCCCUGCCAAAACAAGAGCAGGUAGAGAAAGAAAAAGCAAAGCAGCUUCCUUCUAAAUUACCAGUAAAGGUAAGAUCUACCUCCGUCACCAUGACAACAGUUAAAGUAAGGAAAAACCAGCUUAGGGAGGUAUGUAAACAUUCUAUUGAAUAUUUUAAGGGAAUUAGUGGUGAGACAUUAAAGCUUGUGGAUCGUCUAUCUGAUGAAGAGAAAAAGAUGCAGUCAGAGGUCUCUGAUGAUGAAGAAGACAGUACAUCAAGGAACACAUCCUUAUCAGAAGCUACUCAAGUUUACCAGCCUUCCAUUACAUCGAAGUCUGCUAGAGACAUGAGAACAGAGGCAGCAUCUAUAAAAUCAAAGAGUGAAAAGGCCGACAGUGAGAGGAGGAGGAGUAAGAGGACUGGUCCACAGAGUCCAUGCGAACGGACAGAUAUAAGGAUGGCAAUUGUAGCUGAUCAUCUAGGACUUAGCUGGACAGAACUGGCAAGAGAACUGAAUUUUUCCGUGGAUGAAAUAAAUCAAAUCCGAGUAGAAAACCCAAAUUCUCUUAUUGCUCAAAGUUUCAUGUUAUUAAAAAAAUGGGUUACCAGAGAUGGGAAAAAUGCUACAACUGAUGCCUUAACCUCUGUAUUGACAAAAAUUAAUCGAAUAGAUAUCGUGACCCUGUUGGAAGGACCAAUAUUUGAUUAUGGAAAUAUUUCAGGCACCAGAAGUUUUGCAGAUGAAAAUAACGUUUUUCAUGAUCCCAUUGAUGGUUAUCCCACCCUUCAAGUGGAACUGGAAACUCCCACUGGGUUGCGCUUCGUGCCACCCGCCCCUUUCCAUCAGGAUGAUUUCUUUAGUGACACCUCUAGCCUAGAGUCACCCCUUAGAACUCCCAGUAGACUGAGUGAUGUGUUAGUGACAUCCCAGGGACAAGUAGAUGGUACAGCAGCAGCACCGCCAGUGGUGACUGAAGAAGACACUUCACUGGAUGACAAGCUCGAUUUCUCACUGCCUAGAGAAGGAGCACCUAAAGAUAUUUCUGUAGGCGAGAGCCAGUUGGAGGAAGUGGACCUUAAGGAUUUUCCACGGUAUCUUGGUAGUUAUGGCGGGAUAUCAAAAGAUACAAAACAAAGGCAAAGUGAAGAGACUAGUAAAACAGGAGUAAGGACUGGACAGCCUGAGAGAGAAAAGUCUGGUAUUGAUGAGGAGAUGACAGAAGAAAAGUUUAAAUCUUUGUUUGAGGACAUUCAUCUGGAAGAAGGAACUGAGUCUGAGGAGAUGAUGGAAGAGAAAAUGUGGUCAAUUCUUAAAGGUGUUCAACAAGCAGAACAGGAAAUAUCUUCAAUUACAGGUUGGCAGCCUGACUCGUCAAGUGUCACCGAGACAUCAACAUCGGGACGCAAAAUAGGUGGUAGCCUGCUAGAUCGCUUGGAUGACAGUUUGGACCAAGGUAGGGAUUCUGUUACCUCAUAUGUCAAAGGAGAAGCAGGGAAGCCAGAAACAAAUGGAAGCCUAUCCGAAUCCACAUCAGAGAUGAAAACUAAAUCAUACAUCCAGGAAUCUUUAAAUGAUGUGGGAAAACAGAGUGACAAAGAAGCUCUGAAAUCAAAGCCCCAAAUUUCAGCUGGUACUGAUGAGCAAACGUUAUCAUCAACAGCAUAUCAGAAAUCUUUGGACGAUACUAGCAAGCCAACAACAGAAGGCAGCAAAACAUCUGUGCCUGUCAGUGUGAAGAAGAUGAGCUGGAGUACUUCUGAGGAUGGCAAGCCAAGGACAAGCAUCCAAGAAGAAGAGGGAGCAGUAAUGUCAGAACAGAAGGGUGAGGAAGCAAAAAACAUUCCCGGUGAAUCUGUAACAGAGGAACAGUUUACCGAUGAAGAAGGCAACGUCAUCACGAGAAAAAUCACCCGGAAGGUAGUAAGACGUGUUGUUAUCCCCCAUGAGAGGAGAGUUGGUGAAAUGCAGGGAGAAGCUUAUAAGGUUAAGACAAAGAAAGAAGUCAGACACGUUGAGAAGAAAAGUUACUCAUGAAAGCUGAAAACCAACCAUUGAAUGGACUGUGUGCUUUUACUGCCAGUAUUCCAAAGGGGCACAGAUGGAAGAAAAAUCGACAGGAAUUAAACCUUCACCUAUAGAAGUGUGCGUGUGUUUGCUGCUUCCACACAUUAACCGCAUGGUUUUUAUGCAAAAACAAAACAAAACAAGAUUAAUUUAGCAUGAGCCAAUUUACAGAGCAUGGAAAUUCACGUUCAUUCACAGGAUUGGAAGGUGCUCAGUUACCAGUGCAGUGUAUAUAUACAAGAUGCCAUGCUGAUAACAGCUUCCUUCAAGCAGUUUGAUGUCAUCUCAAAAGAAAUCAAUUCCUGUGGCCAGAGGGAAUGUACGAAGACAAAAAUGGUUAAACCUUGGAAAGACACUAAAGAUUACUAAAAUCCACUACAGCUCGCCUUAUUUUUCUUGGACCCAAACUGUCAGGGUAAUAAAACACUAUUUGUUUCUUUUUUAAACAUCAAUAGUUUUGCUGUAAAUAAAUAACACUGUGUAAAUUCUAACAGAAUAGAAUAAAUGUUGAUAAGGCACUGCCUUUUCGAUCACAAACAGAAUACUGCAGAUGCAUUGAGCAGGCUAAGGUGUCUCAAAAGGCUGCACCUACAGGGAUAUUCUGGGUGUAUCUUCACAAAUUUCUUGUAUAUUAGCAAUUAUAAUGUUUGUAUAUGCAAAAAAAAAGGAAAAAAAAAAAAGCUAGCUUGAUUUUAAAAAAAUCUUUAAAAUCUGCUGCAAAUUUAAAUGAUUCCCAAAAUGAGGAAUUCUGUAGUUCUGUGAAAAUUUUUCUUCAGAGUACUAAUAUUUUGAUGCAUGUGUUUCACCUUAUUUUGACUAAAUCUUUUCCAGUUUUGCAAACACAAUAUAUACCGCAACAUGACAAAUAAGAUUUUAUCUGUAAACACAAAGCCCUUCAUCUAAUAUUUGUUGCUGUUGCCAAUUUUUCAAUGAAAUGACCUAAAACCCAUAACAUAUACAGUAGUUGCAUUAUGGGGAGGGGGGUGCUAUCUGUUCUUGCUUUCUAACGGGGGUAAUGCUUGCAGCUUUAGAAUCGGGUUGGUGCUCAAAGGAGCACAAGUUUGGGAUAUUUUUAAAUGAACUGAGGAGAAAUUAUUAGCUAAUAGACUGGCAGCACGCUGUAAAAUUAUUACUGUAUUGUGUACUGGCUAUAAGAUGUAGAAUCUUUCAGUAAGCCAAUCAUCUGUAAUCAUCCUAGCAGUGUAAUAUUAGGUUGUUAAGGCUGCUGUGUUUUAAAGGGCAUUUUUAUUUGGGUUUUGGUGAAAUACUUUAAUUUGUUGAUUAUAUUCAUAUUGAAAACAGCAUUCAUUGAUAAUAGCUCUAAUUACAUAUGUAUGAAAACAACAAACACUGGAUGAUCUAGUUGAUUAUUUAAGCAUAAAAUAAAUUGUGUUAAGACUCUUGGAUAA